CACCCGCAUGGGAAACGCGCAUGCGCGACUUGCAGCAGAGAGAGUGUAGUGCUCAGGCAAGACAAAGAUGGCGGCGAUGGCGGGGGAAGCAGCGUGAUAUGCUGGAGGAGUUUAGUGGCACACGGAUCCGAGUACUAGCGCUCCAUACACCGGCGAUUAGACACCAUGGACGGCAUGUCAGAGUAGGCGACUGAGCUUGGAAGCACUUAGUGAUAAACGAGAGCGCGUUGUCCGCGACAGGACGGCCAUCUUUGUGCUGAAGGAGACGGAAAAUCAUCUCACCGGGAGCAUGGCUGCGCACGGCAACCAGUACAUCUUCGGGGAGUUCAGCCCGGACGAGUUCAAUCAGUUCUUUGUGACACCUCGCUGUUUUGUUGAGCUCCUGUUCUUGGCUUAUAGGAAGGGAACCUGAUGUGGACUUCAGAUGUCGUAGACUUUUCACCUCCAGCUUCCCCCCUUCAAUGAGAAAGCCACCUGUGUCAGUCAUAACUCAGGAGGUUACUGCACUGUCGAUGUGCCGUACAUUACGGAAUCAAUGAGACGGCAGGUCUGCGGAGAGGACUACCAGCACAUCGAGUUUGGCGUGGAUGAGGUGAUGAGCUCGGAGCCUGUGGUGGUGAAAGACUCCUUGUGCAAAGUGUCUAGCACUCUGAACCCUCAGGCUCCUGAGUUCAUCCUGGGCUGCCAGCCGGCUCAGAAACCUCUUCCGUCGGCCACCCCGGUCUCCGGCAUCUCGCACGGGGCCGAAUUCAACUCCGUGGACUGCGCCGACUCUGAGCCCUCGGCCCUGGACGGCCAACAGGCCUGCUCCGACGUGGACGGCAUCUCCAGCGGCCUCGGCCAGCGAGAGCGCAAGAAAAAGAAAAAACGACCUCCGGGAUACUACAACUACCUGGAGGGCAGCGAGAGCGGCGGUGCGGCGGUGGACGGGGUGGCCGGCACGGGGCUGGUGAACGGACAUGGCCUCGGCACUCCAGCCCUGGGAUCAGAGGACGCUGGCACUGAUCUGACCCCUUCCACACUUUCUUCCACUUCAUCCACAGGUCAGCCUGCCCCUCCCACCGAUCAGAGGACUUGUGACAGCCCUGAUGAAUCCUCUGUGGACUUGACAAGCGGAGCCGCCUCUUUGUUGGACGGCAAUGCCGCGGCUUCCUCGUCCUCCUCCUCUUCUUCUUCUUCUUCCUCCUCCUCCCAGAGCGGCGGCCAUGCUGAAGGGGCCAGGACUGCAGAGCAGCACUCAGAACCCCCCGCUCUAGAGAGCCCCGAACUGCAGGGCAGUGAUGGGAAUGUCCCCUGCCCGAACUCCUCACCUUCUCCUCCCCCUUCUGCUGCUGUGCUCACCGCUGAUCCUGCUACUACUGACGAGGACGAGCGCCAGGCUAACGGGACGUCGGAGCAGUCGCCUGCCACCAGACUCGACAUGGCCGACACUCAGGCAGGCGCUGCUCCGGUCUCGUCCCCCACGGACUCCGGGGUCCAGGCGCCUUUGCUUUCUCCGCUCUCUCCUGCCACGGCGCCUGUCCCCAACACCCCCAAAUCCUGGGCUAGUCUCUUCCACAACUCCAAGCCUUUGCCUGGAGGCCCUCAGGCGUACGUCGAGGUGAAGGCCGCAGCUGUCGCGGCGCCCGCAGCUCCCACUGCUGCCGCCGAGCAGCCCGAGAAACCAUGUGAUGUCCGAGAGGGGCCCGUUCCCGUCUCGGAAGACCCCAUGGCACCAAAACUGGCAGAACUUAUCGAGAAUGUGAAGUUGAUACACAAGCCUGUGUCUUUGCAACCCAGAGGACUGAUCAACAAGGGAAACUGGUGCUACAUCAACGCCACCCUGCAGGCGCUGAUCGCAUGCCCGCCCAUGUAUCACCUGAUGAAGUCGAUCCCCAUCUUCAGUGAAACGCAAAGACCCUGCACCUCCACGCCCAUGAUGGACAACUUUGUUCGGCUUGUGAAUGAGUUCAGCAACAUGCCUGUUCCCUCAAAGGCCAAGCAGCAAGCUGCAGGAGAGAAGAUAAUAAAAGAUAUCAGACCAGGUGUUCCCUUUGAGCCUACGUAUAUCUACAAACUCCUCACGCUCAUUAAAUCCAGCCUCUCAGAGAAGGGUCGUCAGGAGGACGCUGAGGAGUAUCUGGGUUUCACGCUGAACGGACUGCACGAGGAGAUGCUGGCACUCAAGAAGCUCAUCUCUCCACCGGAAGAGAAAGCGUCCACGCCGAACGGGCCGGGUUCCCACGUGGGCACUGAGGAACCUGCAAACAGGGGGGAGGACGAGGAAGAGGAGGGCAGCGAGAACGAGUGGGAGCAGGUGGGACCCAGGAACAAAACCUCCAUCACCCGGCAAGCAGAUUUCAUUCGCACCCCCAUCACCGACAUAUUCGGAGGGCACAUCAGAGAAAUGAACAAAAUGAUGUUUGUAAAAAGAUCGGUGGUGUACCAGCAGAGCUCGAAAGAGUCGGCUACGCUCCAGCCGUUCUUCACUCUGCAGCUGGACAUCCAGUCGGAGAAGAUCCGCACGGUGCAGGAGGCGCUGGAGACCAUGGUGGCUCGCGAGUCUGUCCAGGGCUACACCACUAAAACCAAGCAGGAGAUCGAGAUCAGCCGCAGAGUGACUCUGGAGGAACUUCCUCCUGUGCUCGUGCUCCACCUCAAGAGGUUUGUCUUUGAGAAGACCGGCGGCUGUCAGAAGCUGGUCAAGAACAUCGAUUACCCUGUGGAUCUGGAGAUUAGCAAAGAUCUCCUCUCACCGGGUGUGCGGAGCAAAACUUUGAAAGGCCAAAGAACCUACAGGCUCUUUGCAGUCGUCUAUCACCAUGGGAACAGCGCCACGGGCGGCCAUUACACUACGGACGUCUUCCACAUCGGGCUGAACGGCUGGCUGCGCAUCGACGACCAGGCGGUGAAGGUGAUCAACCAGUACCACGUGGUGAAGCAGACUGCAGAGCGCACCGCCUACCUGCUUUACUACCGCCGUGUCGACCUGCUGUAGAAACCACACACACACACACUCACACACACACACACACACACACGCGCUCUCAUACACACGCACACACUUUCUAACACAGCACACACUCACACACGCCUCAACAGGAACACUGCCCAACUUCUUCUCGUGAUUUUCCUCCUCUCCUCGUCAUCCCUCGCUUUCACACACAGCCGGCUUUUCCACGUUUUUGUCAUCAUUUCGGAGGAAGAGGGAAAAAUUUCAAAUCUGAUAUAAAGACUUCAGUGAGGUGGCGCUCCCUCCUGCACGUGUGGAGACGUUUAGAGACGGACUUUGCGGUGUGAAGGAGGCUCCGAGGUGGAGGUGGACACGACGGACGGAGACGCGUUAAUCCCCCCACGGCCUCGUUCAAGACCGAAACCGAGGGACUGCGCUCUUUUUUUGUUUUCUUUGUUUAAUCUACUUUUUUAAUGGCAUAGUGAGAGAGAACAAUUUCAGUGUUUUGCCUUUUAUCGGAGGGAUUCAACAGACGUUCUGCCGAAUAGUCAACUUUUUUGAUGCCCUGCACCAGCAAACUUUGACACAAAAAACUGCGUCGAUCGCGCAGAACUCGAGUUUCCUUCCGAAUCCCGACGAUGCAAGACACACUGCUCUACCGCUGCCGCCUCCUCUUUUUCUCCUCCUCCUCCUCCCUUCUCUCGUCUAUUCUUCAUGAUCUCUACACUCAGGCCUAGCUGAGGGAAAAAAACAACACUGGAGCCAUCGGAUUAACAGGAGACGUCUGACCGGGAGCGAGGGAGCUGCGGAGCUGCAGUGGGAGACAUGAAAAAAAAAAUUAAAUGCUUUUUUGGUUUUGCGAGAACCCUGGGUGUGGUUUCUGGGUGUAGAAUUAGACUGAUUUAACAAUUUUAAUGCGCUUUAGGACAUAAAAACGAUGAUUUACAAGGAAAAAAAAGCUUAUGUGCACGUAAACCCUUUGAAAUUUGAUCAAUAAAAGUGAAACAUACAAACGCGCAGCCAAAUAUAUGCACAUUUUUCACUGAGAGUUCGGACGCCUGGGGAAAGUGUGUACGCCGGAGACGAAGCAAUGAUGAGCGAUGUUACGUUUUACCAUCAGCCCAUGUUUCAGUCCUGUUUGAUUUUUAAUUGUACAUCAUUUAAGGGGUGUGUCCAGGAGGCGUGUCUCACUCAGGCUCAGCCAAUCCUGGGCCGUUAUUUCGAGGGGGAAGCUGCCGUUACUCCAUAUCCCUGCGUUUGGCAGCCUCGGCCUCUCGGUACUGUAUGUUUUUGCGACGAUUUUUGAUAUCCGAGUCGUUUAAUUUUUUCAGUAAACAGCCGGGAAUCCUGCAUGGUUAUACGAGCUAAUAAACCCCUAACGUGUGCACACACACACACACACACAAUCAUGUUCGCUUUUGUUUCAUUGAUCAUUCAUCAAGCUUAUACACUGAUUGUAUUGAUUUUUUGUUCUUUUUUUUUUUUCCAUUAUCCCUUACCCUGAACUUUUUUUUUUGUUUGUUUAUUUUAUUUUCAUCUGAAUUGAUUUGAAUUGGAAAAGAAAUUUGACCAGACAUAAAGCACAAUAACAAAUAAAGUUGUACAAGUUCUACGAUGGAUUAUAUUUCUGUUACAUCUUUUGAAGGUUUUUUUUUUUUUUUUUUCCCCUUCUUUUUUUUUUUUUUUUUUUUUUUUUUUAAACAAUAACACUGAAACAGGCGCAGCACACAAGGACAGAGAAGAAAUCUAAGAUGGCGUUUAAGGGCCAAGGGCCUUUUUAUGUUUCUUCUCUUCAAAUGUUUUGGGUUUUGAGAUGAUUUUAUAAGUUUAUAAGUGUGUACAAAUGUCUCAAAUCUUCUGCUAGCUGAUGCACAAACUGCUCCAUAUGUUUCUCUUCCCAAAAAAAAAAAAAAUCUUUAAUGCCAUCAACCUAAUCACAGUAAGCUGAGAUUCGGGAGAAUCUACUCACCAUCUUUUCUGGAAGUAAACAUAAAGCUCUUCAAGAAUAUGUUGCCAUCCAUUUUAACAGAAGUAUAAAUCAGGGGUGGACAAAUCAUUAAUUCGUCUUUACUUUUGGUCGGCUGGAAUUCCAAUUGACGAAGUUAGCAUUUAGCAUACGCACAUUAAUACAGAAUAAGAGAGCAGAACGAGUCCUGCUAGCGAAUUAACACCAAGAAGACUGGAUGUAGUGAGGUUUCAUCCGUGUUUUCUUAAAAAAAAAAUGUU